AUGGCUACUCCCAUCGUCUCGCUGUCUGAAGAAGAUGCAUCCUGGAUGCCAUGGGACCCAAAUGUCCCGACCGUCUGGCCCGAAGUCGCCGCUCCCUCGCCGCCCCAGCCCGUACCAAGCCCUCCUGCUCCUAUCGAGGAGGAGCCAGAGAUCGAACUUUCCUGGCAGGAACUACGAGCCAUGGAAGACGAACGGGUGCCGAGGGUAGCGGCGGCUGCCAGAGAGAACUACCUGGCGGCGGCCUACGCACACCUCCCCUAUUCUGAGAAGGACUGGGGGCUGGACGGUCGGUUGAGGUGUCGUGUUGUUGGAUUGCCGUGUUACGGCAAAGAGCAUAGGACAUACGACUUCUUGAAGAAGCACCUGCUCGCUGGAGCACAUGUCAAGCAUGAAGCUGAAGCACGUCGUGCGGCCGAGUCCCGUCCAUUGCUCUCCUCUCGGCCAAGCCCAUCUCAGAGUUCAGACUCUUUCAAUCCCUCUUCGGAUGUGGAUAUGACAGAGCUGUUUGACGAGAUGGAAGCAACUGGAGGCUUCAAUGAAGCUCCUAUUGCUGUUGCUGCCGAGGAUCAGCCAAGCCCAACUCAAUCGGAACUGUUGGCGUUCGUUGACGAGUUGGAAGCAGAUGGAGCCUUCAUUGAAGAUCCUGAUGCUGUAGCUGCUGGUCCUGGGAUUCCUUUUCAGGAAACUCCAAACUUGGAGGUCCCGGACUCGGUUGAGAGUCAGCCAAGCCCGAUGCAGCCACAGACUCCUGCCACUCGCCCGAGCUGGUUAGCGACGUAUGUUGCUGUAUUGGAAGCAGAAGAAUCCCACGAGGAAGCACAAGACUUCCUCGGGGAGGAUUCUACUGCUUUACAGGCGCAGAUAUUAAGGCUCGAUCGUGAGUCGACUUAUUCUUCGCUUUCAGAAGCCGAUCAACAUGUUUCGCGACGGAUUCUCUGGCUGCUAUUUGUCACUGAGAGAGGUGUUGCUCUCUUACACAAGCUUCCCAUAGUCCUUAAGCCAAACAUCUUGUUCCCGUGGUUCGGAGGAGCUGAUGACCGUGCUGAAGUUUUACCGGCAUUUUUAAAAUUAGUCCAUCUGUUCUGGGUUUUUGAUCAGUCCAACAUCUUUGAGAUACUUCACAACAUCGACGCAGACUCGGAUAUCCCCAACAUGGCCUCCGUGGCUCAAAAUUGCUUGGAGCUCCUGCAGCAAAAACUUCUCGACUCAGCCGACAAUGACGAUUGGGGCCCGAUAAAUGAAGUCCAGCGAGCAGACAUGUUUGUCACAAGACAGUGGAUGCGUGCUGUGUUAUGGCGAGCGGCUCUUCGAUUUGGGAUUGUCAUACCGUCUAUGAACCCCAUGAAUAUCGCCAAAGACUUCUUGAGCCUCGUUUCCCAGCUUCCAAAGGCUGCUCUCGAGUCUCAUGGACCGACACUAGAAUUCAAGACAUUUGAGAUUGCUACGGCUGUGAUUGAUGCAAUCGCCAGCGAUGUCUCGAUACAAAGAGAUCAAUCUGGCCCAAUACUUCACCAACUACGUGACAUACUUUCGUCAUGUCGGGGAGGCAAUCGCACUUUACUCUCACUUCUUACUAUACGAAUGGAUGCAAUCUUUAAUUCGGCCCAUAUGCUGGAAGCAGCCGAAGGCGAUUCAGCGACAUAUGAGACAAAUCUCCCAUCAACUUUUCAAGACACCGCUGAGCUUUUGACAGCCCAACCGAACCUCACAAUGCCCACAUACCAAUUCAUGGAAGGUCAAGCUUCUCAAAUUUGCUGGCCACCUCUGGACCUCGGUUACCUGGUUCGAUCGCCGUCGCCGCUUACUCGUAUGCUAUUGGAGUCGAUGCCCCGCAACGUUGAUGAGCAGGACGAGGCCCGCCAGAUAAUUGAGACAUCAACCUAA